AUGGAUCGCGAUGUCGAUACUACUACUCCGGGGAUUGUAUAUUUUUCAUCAAUUCCGACAGAAAUGAACGUUUCUAUGCUAAAGGAGCAUAUUAGUGCUUUUGGAAGUAUUAAUCGAGUUUACUUAAUUCCGAAGAAGAGAGUUAACGCUCGUGACAGACCUAAGCGGCAGUACGAAGAGGGUUGGGUUGAGUUCCAGGAUAAGAAAUCUGCUAAAAAAGCUGCAAGAAGACUUAACUGCACAGAAGUUUUGGGUGGAAAACGCAAACCAUGGUAUGGGGAGUUGUGGAAUGUCCGAUAUCUACCCAAAGUUUCUUGGGGGGACUUAUUUGCAAUGGAGAGACAAGACGAAGAAGUACGGCGUAUAUCAAAGGAUAGGGACAUCAUAAUGGCGAAAAAGCAGGCGAGGCUAUUUAAGAGUGGCCUGGAUUCGUACAAACUGGAGGCCAAAUUACGCGUUUCUAGAGGAAAGCGGUAUGUUUUUGCUGUCAGUAUUUCAUUAAAAACUAUGACCGGGUAUUCUUAUGUCCUUAUUUUCCAUAAAGUUGAGUUGUCUAACCCUUUAUUUUAA